AACGGCGACUUGGGUGUGUGUAAUUGUGAUUGACAUGCAAUGUGUCUGGGACAUGUGAUGUAGACUGUGCCGAUUUGAGACUACUUGUGUUGCAACAUUGUACGUAACGAGAACGAAGUGUGGAAGAAUUGAUUAUCAAAUGAUGUGGGAUUCAGACACAUUAAAAAGCUUUUAUCAUGUAAUGUAGAAUUAGAAGUGAAGGGAUAAAUGGUUACAACAGAACUCAUAAUCAGGGUGUUAUAGUACCAGCCACUUAUAGCAUUGACAAUCAGACUAGUGAAAAGCUUUUACCGGUAAUUACUUAACCCAGAGUGGGAGAUGUCAAAAAGAUUCUAUGUACCUGUGCAAUCAACGACUUAAUGUGCAGGCUACACAGUGUAAAAGGAUGAUUGAAUUAUGGCCAUUUUUGUGUGAUGGCUAUUGAUUCCAGGAUCUCAGAUAUAUAAGAACCUAGCUUUGAAUUUCAUUACAGUACCAUUUCAUGUACAUGUAUAGUUAGUAUGUAUGUUGUGCGGUUAGAACUGUACUGUGCUGUUAGGACUAUACUAUAUUGUUAGGACUAGACUGUGUUAUUAGGACUAUACUGUGUUAGGACUAUACUAUGUUGUUAGGACUAGACUGUGUUGUUAGGACUAUACUAUGUUGUUAGGACUAUACUGUGCUGUUAGGACUAUACUGUGUUAGGACUAUACUAUGUUGUUAGGACUAUACUAUGUUGUUAGGACUAUACUGUGUUGUUGGGACUAUACUGUGUUGUUAGGAUUAUAGUGUGUUGUUAGUACUAUACUAUGUUGUUAGGACUAUACUGUGUUAUUAGGACUAUACUGUGUUAGGACUAUACUAUGCUGUUGGGACUAUACUGUGUUAUUAGGACUAUACUGUGUUGUUAGGACUAUACUAUGUUGUUAGGACUAUACUAUGUUGUUAGGACUAGACUGUGUUAUUAGGACUAUACUGUGUUAGGACUAUACUAUGUUGUUAGGACUAGACUGUGUUGUUAGGACUAUACUAUGUUGUUAGGACUAUACUGUGCUGUUAGGACUAUACUGUGUUAGGACUAUACUAUGUUGUUAGGACUAUACUAUGUUGUUAGGACUAUACUGUGUUGUUAGGACUAUACUGUGUUGUUGGGACUAUACUGUGUUGUUAGGACUAUAGUGUGUUGUUAGGACUGUACUAUGUUGUUAGGACUAUACUGUGCUGUUAGGACUAUACUAUGCUGUUGGGACUAUACUGUGUUAUUAGGACUAUACUGUGUUAUUAGGACUAUACUGUGUUGUUAGGACUAUACUAUGUUGUUAGGACUAUACUAUGUUGUUAGGACUAUACUGUGUUGUUAGGACUAUACUAUGUUGUUAGGACUAUACUGUGUUAUUAGGACUAUACUGUGUUAGGACUAUACUAUGCUGUUGGGACUAUACUGUGUUAUUAGGACUAUACUGUGUUGUUAGGACUAUACUAUGUUGUUAGGACUAUACUAUGUUGUUAGGACUAUACUCUGUUGUUAGGACUAUACUAUGUUGUUAGGACUAUACUGUGCUGUUAGGACUAUACUAUGCUGUUGGGACUAUACUGUGUUAUUAGGACUAUACUGUGUUAUUAGGACUAUACUGUGUUGUUAGGACUAUACUAUGUUGUUAGGACUAUACUAUGUUGUUAGGACUAUACUGUGUUGUUAGGACUAUACUAUGUUGUUAGGACUAUACUGUGUUAGGACUAUACUAUGUUGUUAGGGCUAUACUAUGCUGUUGGGACUAUACUGUGUUAUUAGGACUAUACUGUGUUGUUAGGACUAUACUGUGAUGCUUGGUGAUAUGUUAAGGUGGUAAGGAUUUGCUGUAAUGGUCUCUAGUGUGUGUUAGUGAAUACGUGAAUCAUCAUCAACAUUAGUUUGGCCAUUAAGUGACUGUAUUGUUUAAUUUGAAACCUGAUGGCAAUUCAACUUACUCAACAUUCGACUGCGGCGGUGUUAGUUUAUAUGACUUCAAUAUCUGUUUGUCUACAUCUCUACUGGUAAAGGUGGGAACACGAGUUGGUCACACUCUUCGAACUCAAAUUGCAGUACCCCAGAAAGGACAGAAUGCAAUGCCCCAACUCGCGUUGAGGAUGAGGAUGUUCCAGAUAUCAAACAGCUGAUUAAGAAAAAGAAACAGGUAUUUGAGGCACCGCGGGCCCAGAACUACUACCAUUUAGAGUAUUACCUCACCCCCGAGGAAAGCAGUCUGCAGAAGGUCGAUGUCGUCACCUACGGACCAGCUGCCAUCAUUUUCAUGGCAUCACAUGAUCCUCGGAUUGUCCGAACCUGGAUUGAAGGAGAGUUGACCUGGGUGGCAUGGUCUCAUAAACACGUUGUAAAUGUAACCAGUGAUUUGCUAGUGAAGCUGUUCACACACAACAUAGAAUUACGUAUCUGGGACACUAAAGACAAGGUCGGAGCCAAGGCCCGCUUUACCAAACCAAAGCAGUUCAAGAUUCCAAACUCAAAACCAGGGGAAGAGGACCAAAACAGUGCUCGGAAUAUCGUAGUAAGGCUGUCCAAAAGUUUCGCUAAGCACCAACCAAAGAAAGCCAACGAGAUUCGACCAAUUCCUACACAGGUGUCCUUCCACUCUGUGGACAAAUUCACCAGGCAAUUAGAAGAUGAAAAACCUGUAGAAACCAAGCCGUCUUAUGAUUCACAGCCACCAGCCCCAGGGGAUGACCCCUCCAAGGGUGGACAUCCUGGGUCUCCCACCCCCAAAACUUUGGUGGGGGUCCCUAACCAGCAGACUGACCAGGAAGGGAGGACCUCCUUUAGUCGUUUAGGACGUCUAGCUAACGCUGGCCCAGGGGAGGAGCCAUCUGGCAAGGAGUCCCAGAGAAGUAAAUCUAGUAACGGGAAGAAAGAGGGAGGGGGGCCGUCCACCUCAAGGUCCCGGGGCCUCAAGUCCGCUGACUCAACAGCAUCAGCCAAAAAACAGCAAUCUACCACAGUGGCGACACCUGUGAGAGCGCCGCGUAGAAACAAGAAACAGGAAAUGGCUGCUCAGAUGGCUGCCGAACAAAUCAGGAAGUAUGGCAUCUGUAUGGUUCCAAUCCGCAUGGGUCUGUUCUUCUCAGGUAUGAAGAGCAUCACUAAUCGUCUAGACAGUCCCAUACCAGGGAUUGAGGACAUGUUUAUACAGUUGAAACUGGACACACCCCUCAUGUCGGACAAGCAGAAGAAGGAGCUCAACCCAAUGAUCCUCACCGUCAGAAACGCCACGAACCUGCCCGACUCUCCCAUGACGUACGACGAACUGAAUCAAAAGUGUCAACCCGUGUUCUGUCGCUAUCAGUUCUUCAAACAGCCAGAGCAUUGCAGCAUGGGAAGGGAGCAGAGAGAGAACGUGUAUUGGGACGAUGUUAAUGUAGUAUUGCUAGGUACUCUGGAACAGUCGGAACUGAGGCAGUAUUUAAAUGGUCCUCCACUGGAGAUAGAGGUACACGACAGAGAUCGUAAACCAGAGGGGGUAAAACUGAAGCCCACAUUGUUCGGGGAUGAUUUGGAGGACGAGAAGAUCAGUAAUGUGGGAACGGUGGCUAGUAGGAGAACAGUUCAUAAUCCGUUUAUGGGCAGAAACAAACCCUGGGAUCCGUACGGAGUGGCCAAGAUUGACCUCUCCGAGCUGUUACUGGGCCAUCAGUUUCUCCACCUGAAUGUACCCAUUCAUAACUGUCCCAUCCCAGACGUAUUCCCCUCAGAGGAGAGAGAGGACGGCCGAAGUGUGGGGGUCAUGGGGGCUGUAGAUGGGCCAGUGGACAAACCCUACAAUGCAGGACAUUAUGUACAGUCUAAUGCCAUGCUGAAAGUGAAAGUAGAAUUGGCCCAUUCACUUACAACACCUGAAGAAGUUGCAGCUAAACAGCCCUUAAUUACUUCUCCACAGUGCCCAUUCGGCAGGAUUAUCUACAUCUUUGGUUACAAGAACACCACAACCCUUAACCAGUUAGAGACCCUAGUCACCGAUAUAAAUGCCAAGGCCCUCCAGUUAGAUGACAUGCCCCCUCAUGUUAUCAGCGCUGCUUUGUCGACAUACAAACUUUCACUAGAACAGCAGAGGAGCCGGGACCUGGACAUUUUAACUGGGUUCCAGUUGAUGGAUGGGGACAAACACAUCUUUGUUCUGGAGGGGCUCAGGGAUCAAGCAAUUACCUGUGUAUGGGAAAAUGUUCCCGCUCCAGAAAACUCGGAUGUGCGAGUGCUGUACAACUCGGACCUGAGCUUCAGUGAACGUCUGUAUGGUCCUCUUGAUGUAGAUCUGUGUCGUGUCAAGCUCCAUGAACCCCUGAAUCAGAUCGUACAACAGCCUCUGUUAUACGUCAGGGACAUGGUCCCCAAGCCCUGCUUCCAGGGUCUGCUCAGUCUCCAUCAGAUUGUGAACUCGAAUGUGAUGAAAGACGUCGUGAGAAACUCGCUGUUCCCUAUGGCAGACAUGGUGAUCUCGAUGAGUCGUGAGUUUGGAGUCCCCAUCACCCAGGAGGACUUUGAUGAGCUGCAAAUACACAAGCCAACAGAUGUUGUGGAGGAGGAACAGAUUAGAGAGAUGACACGUGAGGCAACUCGUGUAUGGACCCCCAUCGACAACUUCAACCCGCAGUACAUGGAGACCAUCGCUGGGAGACAACAAAGGGUCAACUACAUCAAAGAGAAUAAGGACGACGUGAAAGUGAUUAGUGAUAAGAAUAAGGAGGAACGUGACAGGAAUAAAGUUCCAACAGUUCGAGCGGACGUCACCGUGGCUCACAACUACAGCUCACAGUCAUUGAACUCGACCGAACUCGCUAAAGAGAAACUCCGACAAAUGCUGGCAGAGGAGCCAGACACCAGAUUUUCGUACUGCCAGGAGUUCCACCACUCCAUGACGGUGGUCCCAGUCAAUGUGGAGGCCGUCAAGAAAGAGGAGAAGGCGGAGUCAAGGGCUAGGUGGAAGACGGAGAAGGGGUGGAUUUACCCGGGAAUGAAGCCUACAUUGGAGUGUAAUGAACAUCCCCAGAGACCGAACACAGCGCGGAUAGAGGAAUUGCAGGAGCCAUGGAGGGAAAACAUCCUACAUGUAGGUAUGCUUCAAGCUCCACUAGACCGUGACAAGUUUCCAUGGUUACAUAGGAAGUACGACUUGGAGUUAUACAAGCGUCCACAAUCGUGUUUCAUCAGGGAACCAGUCACCAUCCACUUGGCAGGACAGAAGCUGAAGAACGAAAAAAUAGCCGCCCUGAGGAAGGACCAGGAAGUUUGGAGGUCAAAGGUGGUGGUGGAGGACACCCGCCAGUACAUCCACCGAUGUCUGAAAGAGACUGAGGUGAACGAACGUGGCAGAAAGGCUCAGAACCAAAUUGACAAGAUGCAGGGUCUGCUGAAGGACAAACCGGUCAAAUUCUCUCUCAGAAAGCGGGGCCUGACCCUGAAAGACGUCCCCCCGCUGAAUGUUGUCGGCAACCCCAGUGUGGACACUGCUGCCCGUGAGGCCGGCUUUCCCACAAUUCCAGCGGUGGAAAACGACGGUGUGGAGAAAAUCAAUGGGUUCAAACCUGGGCCAUACGAUGAUUACAGCUGGAACAUGGAGAAAAAUAAGAUCCCUGUGUAUGAUUAUCAACAUAAACAGUUCCGGGACAGCAAAGGGGCAGAUUUCAACACUGUUCACACAGAGAGAAGUAAGUUGUACCGCAGGACGAUUGUUCCUCUACAGGACUGGGAGAGAGACAACCAUCUCUUUAGGAUUCCCGAUGAUGUCAGUAAAUUUGGCCCAUACGAAGGAAUCGAGCCAAGCAGUAAACCGGGUCUUCCUCCUGUGGAGAAUCCCAACAUCGGAGUUUCCAGCGUGAUUGCACAGUCACUGCAGCCCACCAUGCAGACAUUGACUGGUUCUCCUACUGCCUUACAGACCAGUUUAAAUUCUGGAAUAGCGCAGUCUUUUAAUAACAAGGAAGCCAUGGUCAGUUAAUAAUACGGAGCAUAGGAACACCGGAUAUUUUCCUUUUCAGUUCAGAAGUACCUAGGUUUGAAACAUAAAUUUGCAUUUUGUCUGUAUUGACAAUAACUGCUCUGGUAUGAAUAUAAGGAUUAGCUUAAAAAACUUAAUUAAAAAGAAAUAUUUUUAUUUAUAUAGAUGUAAGUAUUAUAAAGUGAACUUCCUCUAAAUGUUGCCUUUGAUAUAGAAACCACUGCUGACAGUUCUAGUGCCGACCUUUGCAAUAUUUUGUGUCAGAAACGUGAAAAACUUACCAUCACAUUUUCUGAUAGACCAAGUAGAUGCCUUGAUGUAUUUUUAGAUAUGAGUUUUAUAUCAGUGAGCUGUGAUAGAUAUCUGCUUUAUUUUUUGCCAAAUAUUUUCCCAAAGUACAGAAGGGUAAUAUUUUGUAAGUGGAAGAUGGAAAUUGUACAUCCGCAGAUGUUGAUGUAGAGAAAUAUUUUUGUAUUAUAGCUGUGAGCAAUUCUGUCAGAGAAAAUCGAGUUCACAUUUGAAAGUGUUAUAUAUUUUCUUCUUCAAAUUAUCAGUAUUUCUGAAUGUUUUUGUAAAUGUAGAUGAAUGAUGUGUUGCUUUGCUCUAUAAUGUAUGCGUGUGAUGGUGUGUGAGAUGAUGGAUGUGUAAAGCUAUAUAUUGCUUGCUGUAGAGAUAGGAAGGAGAAAAGCUGGAAUCCCCCCAUGUUUCCCCUCAAGUCGGUGGCGAAACUGCUGAAAAUUUAUAUAAUUGUAUGUUGUAUUACCGUAUGAUAUACCUUAUUGUUAAGUGUAUAUAUAGUGACAAUGUUCUCGGUGGUCUACUGCUGUUAGUUGUUACUGUCCCAUGCAGUCUGUGAUGUUGAUUUUAUAUGAUAUAUACUUACAUGUGUAUUGUUGUUGUGAUGGGGUGUAUACUACUUCGUGUGUAUAUUUAUAUAUUGAGAAAUUGAUUGUUGCAAUACAAAGCGAUAAUCAAAGAAAUGUUGUGAAACAAAGGGCAUGUGAUUGUCUCGUUAUUACAGUGUGUCGUCCAUGUUUUAUGUAUUCAGAGAGAGAUGUGCCUAUAUUGUUCUAUAUAGUGUUAUUUCCUGUUGUUUGUACAGUUGUACGUUUAAUGCUGUUCUUGUUAUUGAAUGAUGCACACAGAAACACUCUUCACUUUGAAAAAUGAGUUAUUAAUUGGUGAAUGAGAAUUCGAACGUUAACUCGGAGUUGUAAUUACAGAAGCUGACCUAAAUGUAUGCGUUAUUGUGGUGUGAUGGCUUACUUAUUUAAUUCUGGGGAAAAUAUAACUCAGAAGUUGGCUUAAAGGGGGCAUUAGCUGCCAAAGUCACCAAAAUGACUAAAACAGCUUUACAGUACAUAACAAUGACAUAUGUAAAUUCAUCUAUCUUGCAAUUUUGUUAUUGUAAUUUUGACAUUAGGAUUUCUUUUGUUUAUAUACAAAUAAUGGCAGAAACAUUAUAAUUGUAUGAAAGUAAAUAUUCACUGCAGAGAAAUUUUACAUAAUUUUCAUAAGAUUCGAUUGGAGGUCGCUUUUUUUCACUCAGAUUUAUUUUUCUUCAUUCUUUAACACAUUCCAGUAUUUUAAUCAGGAUUCAGAAUUUAAAAGUUCGACGUCCUCGUUGACAGCUAAUGCCCCUUUAUACCUACCUGUAGGUAAUUAUGUGAUAUUGUAUCUGUUGGACCUGUUGAUCCUGAGGUGAAAUGUUACAAGUGGAUAAUGUAUGCAUCUUCUAUAUUUUAAAGUUAAUUUCUGUGUAAGUUAAUUUGAUGUUUUUACAUUGUUAUAAUUUUUUUGACUGUGAGAACAUAUCCUGUACCGCAUGUACUACUGUGUCUUGUAGAGAACAGUCUGUCCCAAAGUGAUUUUAUUUUGCUAUAAACCUCGGCACUUGUUCCAUGAUGGAACACCGUUAUUUUAUCACACUAAUCCUUUGUGAUGCUGUUUUCAGCAAUCCGUGGCUUAAUUCUGUGAUUCAGUUCCUUUAUACAUUUUUCUUUUAAAAAAUGAAUUAUUUUCUUAUUUCUAUUUAAUAAAAUCUUAUUUACCUCA